GUUAACAUUAGAUUGGUAAACAACAUUACAACUACAACAAUGAAACGCGGUCUUGCUUGUCUGUGUCUCUUGGGCGCUUUUCUACAAGCCUUGGCUCAAUGCGCUGCCCCAACCUCAGAGUUUCAGCUGGAAGGAGAUUAUUUGAUAGGUGGACUUUUUGAUAUUCAUCACGCCAAUGUCUCUGUUUAUCAUGACAGACCAGAAUUUACUGACUGCUCCAGUCAGCCCUUCAUUCUGUCAAGCUAUCGGAGGUUUCAGAUGAUGAGAUUCUCUGUAGAAGAAAUCAAUAACUCUACCAACCUACUCCCAAAUGUGUCUCUUGGCUAUGAAAUAUUUGACCACUGCUCAGAUACACAGAAUUUCCCAGGUAUUUUAAACCUCCUCUCAGACAAUGGCUUGAUCCAACCUUGGCAUGAACCACACAAGAAUCUGUCCAAAGUGAUAGCAUUGGUUGGCACUUAUACAAGCACUGAGACACGGACUGUAGCCCCACUCUUCAUGAUGGAUCUCAUUCCCAUGGUCAGCUAUGGAGCUUCCAGUUCUGUUUUCUCAAGAAAACAGAAUUUCCCCUCUUUCUUACGAACAGUGCAUCCCAAUAAAGACGUCAUAGAAGUGAUUGUAAAGAUUUUGCAGCACUUCAACUGGCGCUGGGUUGCUUUCCUUAACAUUGAUGAUGACUAUGGCAAUGAUGGACGGACAUUGUUCAUAAAUAUGAUUAAGGACACUGAGAUCUGCCUGGCCUACACCAAAGCCCUCGAUUCUAAUACAGAUUACACCCCAGUAUUCAAACAGAUACAGGCACAGAGGAUACGUAUCAUUAUUGUUUUCGCUCCUGAAUGGACUGCUGAAGCUCUCAUUAAGGCAGCAAUACAACUGGAAAUCAAAGACAAGGUGUGGAUAGCAGGAGAUGCAUGGUCCUUAAACAAGACCAAGAGAAAAAUCGAAAAUAUUGGAACUGUACUUGGGUUGCUGAGCAAUAGACCUAUACCUGGUUUCAGUGAUUUUAUAUGCUUCAAAAGCCAGAAUCAUUUGUGA